UCGUCUUUCACCACGAUGGCCUCCACGUCCGCCCCGGGCGCCGCAACGGUGCAGCUUUCUGACACGAAAUAUGCCGCGCAGCGUAAGGAGCUCCUCGCGCUUAUGAGCCAGCUGCGCGCUGUAGGCGCGCAGGCGGAGCUCGACCUUCCGCGGAUUGUGGUUAUUGGGAACCAGAGCGCCGGCAAAUCGUCCGUCGUCGAAGCCAUCUCCGGCAUCAAGGUCCCUCGCGACUCGGGGACCUGCACGCGCAGCCCCAUCGAGUGCCGGAUGGCCACGGGCCCAAAGUGGUCCUGCCAGAUUUCGAUCCGGCGCGAGUUCGACAAGGGCGGGAAGCGGCGCGGGGACGUUUCCGAGGAACGAUUUGGCGCGCCACUGACCGACGACAAGAAAGUGGAGCUCAUGUUGCGUCGCGCGCAGCUCCUAGUUCUGGACGAAACACUUACCGCGACGGAGGCGCUGAGGAUGGAUGAGAAGGCAGUGAAGCAGGCGAUGAUGGAGCCCGGACUUGUGAAAUUUUCAAAGAACGUCGUUUGUGUGGACUUGGAAGGCCCCGAACUGACAGACCUCCAAUUCAUCGACCUGCCUGGCUUGAUUCAGAACGCUUCCGCUGACGUCGUUCGACUAGUCGAAGACAUGGUCGUCGAGACCAUCAGCGGCAACUGUCUCAUUCUUGUCGCAAUCCCCAUGACUGACGACAUUGAAAACCAAAUUGCUCUCCGCCUCGCACGCGACCGUGACCCACCCGGCCUGCGGACAAUCGGCGUCCUGACCAAGCCCGACGUCGUCUCCGCUGGCUCCAACAAGCGCACCGACUGGCUCGAAAUCAUCGAAGGACGCACGAGAGGCAAGCGCGAGCAGCAUACAUUGCAUCACGGGUAUUAUUGCACGCGCCAGCCCGACGAUGACGAGCGUGCAAGAGGCGGCACGACGGCGGAUGCGCGCCAGAAUGAGGCAACAUUUUUCUCUCAGACUACGCCGUGGUCGACGACCAUCGAACCGGGAAGAUUCGGGACGGAGAACUUGGUGGCAACGUUGAGCACGCUGUUGACGGAUAUCAUUGCGCAAAGACUCCCUGACAUUGCGAACACUGCGCAGAUGCAGUUGGCCGCUUGCCGGACCGCGAUUGCGCAACUUCCGAAGCCGUCGAAAGAGGACCCAUCGACAAGGUUGUUGAUGCUGCUUUCAGAGUUUUCCACCACCGUGCGCCAAUUCGUGCGGGGCUCAUCGGAGCCGAGUAUCUUAGUGCAGCGAAACAAUCGCGCCUUUGGCAUCUUCAAGCGCGCUAUUCGCUCGACAGCACCGGCCUUCGUGGCCAUCGUCAAUCCUGCAGCGGAUCGGAACCCCUACGUGGCUGUCGACGAGGACGAAGAGCAACCAGACGAGGACGACACCGUCACGCCCAUCUACUUGUCUGAUGUUCGCAAGGUCCUAAAUCGUGCCCGUGCUCGCGAGCUUCCUGGCGAUGUCCCACCCGCAGCCAAAGCUGCGCUUAUCGCCGACUUCCAGGACUCGUGGAACUCCGCAAAAGACGAGUGUUUCGAGUCUGUGCGCGGCCAUCUUCUAGAGGCGCUCCUCAGUGUUGUUGAGCGGCCCGAGUUCUUCGGGCGUUUCGCGGCAUUUAAGGUCGACCUCAAGUUCGAGUUGGGGCAGCUGCUGGAGAUGCACGCGGACGAGUGCAUGAAAUACCUUGAGGCACUGCUCGAGAUGGAGACGGAGCCAAUGACGCAGAACGACCACUACCUGCAGGCGACGACGGAGAAGUGGGUCGCGCGCUACCGCGACCAGCGCGCGGGAAAGCGGCCCCCCAAGGCGGAGGCGGGGCCGGAUGCGAAGCGCGCAAAGUUGCGACAUGAUAUUGAUGCUGCUACUGCCAAGUUGAAGGCGACGGCGAACGCGUUCACGCCAAACUUUAGUCCUGCGUCGGUACUUAAUGGUCCUGACGAAAAGCCCAAGCUGCCAUUCUCUGGUGCCUUCCCUCCUAUGCAGACGCAGAGUCCAUUCGGUGUAUUUGGUAAGCCUAGUCCGGCUCCAUCUGGGCCUUCACUGUCUGUUUUCGGCACUCCCAAGGGAGCUGGCCCGCCGCCAGCAACAGCGACUGCGACUGCAGCCCGGGCCUCUCCUCCGCCAUUUAGCUUUGGUCGUCCUGUCCCAUCCGGAUCGGCACCAGCACCAGCACAAGCACAAUCGCCCGCAGCGGUUACAGCAACAGUAACGGCCACCGCGAAUCCAGCGCCGCUCGCAUUCUCCCCGAUGCCGCACCCCUUCUCCGACAUCCAGGUCUCUGCCCCGUCGCCGCCCCUGACCAGUAUUGGUGCCGGAUUCGGUGGAGGGUCGGCCCCCGCCGACCGGGAGGAGCUGCAGACGGCGCUAGCUGCGCUGGCAAAGCUCGGGUACACGGGCCUGACGGAGGCGGACCUCGGGAAGUUGCGCCCUGCCGACGAGUACGAGGCGGAGAUCGUGCUCAUGGGCGGGGUCAGGGCGUAUUUCCAGGUGUCGUACAAGCGCGUGAUCGAUAAUAUCCCGGGCAUUAUCGACACCAAGUUCGUGAAGAGUUUCGCGAGCGGGCUGCAGGCGAACCUGAUCCGGCGGUUCCUUGAUUUGGAGAAGGACGAGACGAAAGCGCAGUGUGCGCGGUAUUUGAUGGAGGACCAGGCGGUGGUGGUGCGCCGUACGGAGCUAGCGCAAAGGCUCAAGAUGCUCGAGGGCGUGCAGCGGGAGCUGCACAAGUUCGGGAGGGCGAUUUAG